CGUGUUUUCUAUUCUUUUUUAGCACUGUCCUCCAUCUCUGAACAGUUUAAGGGCAGAACUAACCGGAAAAGGACUUUGAAAUGAGAAAUCAUAUCGUCAUAAGUAUUACGAGUCAGAGGGGGAAAACAGAGUUGAAUACAGCUGCAGAGCUAUGAAAAGCAGAAGAGCCAUGAAGCUGUUGGCUGACCAUCCAGGCAGACAUGCUCCAUCUGUGCGACUCAUUUCUCUGGCCGCUGACCGUAUGCCGCCAAUCAGCAGGGACUACAACACACACUGCCGGUGCCUGCAGGUGGAGUCGAGGAUCAUCCCUCCAGACAAUUUGAGGAGCAUCAAAAUCUUCCCUGAAGGGCCACACUGCCCGGAAACAGAAGUCAUAGCCGGGCUGGCCAGUGGGGUGAAGGUCUGCCUGAACCCUCGGUCCUCCUGGGUGAAAAAGCUGAUCCACUUUGUCCUUGAGAAACAGCUACAUCAGCAGGAAGGAGCACUUCCCAAGAAUGAAGCAUAAAAUCAUGGUGCACGCUAAGAAAGAUGUUGCAAUUAAAGCUGUUAAGAGUAACUCAUUUCUGCAACUACGAGCCAAGCUGUUUUACUUUAGUAAAUAAAAAGUGAUUAAAUUAAUAUUUAACCCAGUCUGUGUAACUUUUAAUAACUUUUUUAUGUAGUUAGUGUUAUUUCAGCUUCAUUGUGUCUUUUACAUUGUAUUUCCAAUGUUUUUCACAAAAUAUUUGACACAUUUAAAAAAAAAAAAAAGAUUGAUUCUGGAUUUAUAUUGUUGUAAGUGUAAGAAAGAGCAUACAAAUGCAGAUAAGUAUGUGAUUAUGUUCGGUAGGAAAUGGAAAGUUACCAAUCAGCUGUAAUGUAAAAGACUUUGUGUGCAUAAGGUAUUUAAUUUUUCUUGUUAAAAGUAAAGUGUGAUUUAAAAAGCAUAAUUUCUCUGUGAAGAAAGUUUGGCUGUAUGACCUUUUGAAAGCAGAUAUGUAGCAUGACUUGAGUAGUAUUAUAAUGUGUAGCAUAUCAUUUCCAUGUAAUUCUCCAGUUGGUGAUUCUUGUUCAACAAUAUAUGAUUGAUUACUUUGUUAAGGCUUUAAUGAUAAAAAAUAUAUGUUUGAAAAGUAAAA